AUGCAUCUACGAUUUGUCACCAGAGUGCAAUUCAUUGCAGCUUUAGCCGCCAUCUCUCUCCUCACGUAUUCUGUGUGGAUAUAUCCGUCUCUGCCCGUCACAUCACGCCUAGCAAACGUAUUGUCUGGGACGUCCAAGGUCGUCGUCGUCCUCGGAGACUCGUUCAGCGACACCGGCAAACACGUUGACGCCGCAGCCACUGCUGACAUAGCGUCGAACAAUGAGCGAAACAGUGCCAGGUGGACAGAAAUACUAUGCAAAGAGUUGGUUUGCGACACUGUCCUGAACUUUGCUCGUUCUGCGAGCGAUCUGUCGACCUAUUCCGGCGGCGUCGUUGUUGAUAAUGAGUUGUAUGCCAACACGACGUCGGAGAACAAGACCUCGCUAGCACUUCUACCAGAUCUGAAAGAACAGAUACAAGAAUGGAUCAGAUAUGAACACAAGUCAACGUCUGUCGACUUAGACUCCGAGUAUGUCUUCGCCAUCACCCUCGGAUUUUGGGACAUAUGGCAGUAUGCAACCUUGGACCUGAAGAGUGCACAGAACGCAAUUGCACAUAGCGUCUUUAUACUUUUCGAGCAACUAGAUGCCAUCGCCGAGUCGUUCGAUGAGCCUGUGUCAUUUGUGCUGCCGCGGCUAUGGGACGUUAGCUUUACUCCUAGGUUCAUGUCACUGGCUCACAGUCAGAACUCGCAGUCUCGGAAAUUCAGCGAACAGCAGCACAAGCUCAUCUAUCUGGUUAAAUAUUGGAACACCGUCCUGUCACAGUAUGCCGAGAACUGGAAGAGCAGUCACAUUUAUCUUCCUGACUGGAACAAUUGGCUGUUGGAUCAAAUCCGUUCUGUACAAAUGAAGCAGAUGGGUUUUUUUGACUCGCUCGGCCUCGGAACACAGUCACCGACCUUCAAAGACGUUCGAAAUCCCUGCUCAAGAUUGGUUGUUCCUAUGGACACUUCCGAUGGCAGUGACGUAUCCAUGAGCGUGCCUUCUGAAUGCGAAGCGCCACAAGACCAUCUGUUCUGGGACGAUACCCAGUUCAGUUCUGUUGCCCAUGAGCAGUUAGGUGCCUUGGCUGUAGAAUUACUAAGCUCGAACAACAGUGCAAACGCCCAUGCUAUGACCCAGGCUUCGACCUCGGACGAGAACAAAGGAAAGGCAACAAUCGCACUGCCUCGUUUGGCACCAAGCCUUGCCCCAGGAAAUUAA